UCAGCUGAGAGAAACGCGUCUUUCAGAUUUCAAUCCUUCACUUUCCCUUUCUGUUUUUUUUUUUUUUUUCCCUUUUCUCGUUGUCGGAUCGGGAAGAAAAAAAACUGGGAAUUUCGAGGUUUCCUGGAUUGUUGGAUUGGAUUUUUGUUUGAAUUCGAUAUGGGUAUUGGGUGUUGAUAUCAAAGUUUCGAUUUUUAUUUUCUUUUCCUGAGAAAAUCCGAGAUUUUUUUUUCCGGUUCGUCAAUCCGAGAGGAAAAUAAAAACGUUGAAAUUUACUACGAUCAAGCUCAAACCUUUUGAAUUAGUUAUUUGAUUGUGGGAUCCAGAGUUUUGGAGCGAAAUUGAGGUCAAUGGUUAGGGUUUAUGAAUGAUUCAGGUUGAUUGGUAUUUGAGGUGAAUUAAGGAAACUAAGAUCUCUAUCUAUCUUCCCCAUUUUGUUACAACUUGGGGUCUAGUUUCCAUAGAUUGGUGUUUUUAAGAUUUGCUAUGGAUACGGUUCGUGGAGAGGGUAAAGAAGCUAAUGGGUGUGAGAAUAAGGCUAUUGUUAGUCUAGAUAACAGUCAAAUUGAUGAUCAGAUUUCUGAGGAAGACGAAAGUAGCGAGUCACAAUGUUUAUUGCCUCCGAGGAAAGGAGGGAUGUCGAGAAGCACUGACAAGAUUAAGAGGACUGUGCAGUGGAAUGACAACAAAGGAGACAAUCUUGCUGAGGUUUUAGUUUAUGAACCAAGCGAAGUUAGCGAUACAGAUGAUGAUGAUUCAGAUUCCUGCAUCUGCACAAUUAUGUAGUCCUCAAAUCCACUAUCAACCACCAUUUAACAUGGAGUUAACACUGAGCUCGUCCUUGUAUCUGACUUCUCUUCAGAAAUCAUUUUUGUGAGGAAAGAGGAACCAACUUAAGCGAGUGAUAUCACAAUCAUGUAACUGUCUGAUUAAUGUGCUCAGGACUUCUGACAAGAAGCCAGACGAGACAAGGAAUAUAGACUCAUAAGCUAUAUCGGAUCGUCUCAUCUCAGUGAAGGGAGUGCGAGUAUAUAAUAGAUUAUUUACUGCUCUAUUGUUCAAUAGAGGCUGAUCUUUAAGUCGAAGAUCUUUGAGUGCUGUUUGAUUUGACAGGUUUUGAUAGUAAACUAUGUAUGUCUUUCUGCAACAUACACGCUUGUUAAGUUGUAAGUAUAUGCAGCAAUUUAAUAUUGUUUCUUCUUCUA